AUGGAACCAUACCUUCUGGUGGCAAUUAGUGUACUAGUCCUGACUGCGAGUAUCUCCAGUACAGUGAAAGCGGGACAAUCACCUCUGACAAGCCCCACCGACCAAGCAGCCUUGCGGGCUUGCAAUAUCCUUGUCGAAUUAUUUCCAGAGCUAGUCUCGUUCCCGAACGAUAGACAGUACCGAUCUCAGCAAGCUCAGUACUGGGCCUUCAACCAGGCAGAUUUCGCUCCAACAUGCCGCUUAUCUCCGGAGACGCCGGAACAAGUCAGCAGCCUCGUCUCCCAGCUUGUUGCCUUGGGAGAUAACGUCCAGUUCGCCAUCACGAGCGGCGGCCACUCGACCGCUCAUGGCGCCUCGAAUCUAAACGACGGCAUCACGCUGGAUUUGUCCGCAUUGUCGUCGGUCUCCGUUGCACAUGACUAUUCAUAUGUCGAAGUGGGCACCGGGGCCCGCUGGCUAGACAUUUAUCAGAUUCUUGACCCUCUUGGACUGGCGGUUUCUGGAGGCAGAGCUGCGUCUGUGGGCAUAGGAGGAUACCUGCUGGGUGGUCUGUCACCCCCUGAGCCCAAUGAGAUCACGCUGCUUACAAAGCUGCCUGGGUCUUUCCUCGCAAAGGUGAUCCUCGCAAACGGUACAGUAGUCAACACUUCUUCGUCAAGCCAUUGCAAUCUCUUCUCCGUACUCAAAGGGGGUAGCAACAACUUCGGCAUAGCAACGAGAUUCCGCCUGAGGACAUUCCCACUUCAAGAGCCACUGCACGUCGCUCUCCUACAGUACUCGCACGGACACCUCUCUCGGGUGAUAAGUGCCCUUGCAGUCUUUACACAGAAUGCACGUCUCGACCCCUCCUCAUCGGCGGAGCUUUCGGUUGGUUUCGACGCGCUAAGUAGCCAGACGGUGUAUGUUCUCACGCUGACCCGCGUCAACUCGGGCUCGGGCUCGAACAAGAAGGACGAGUCCCCGUUGUGGGAACCGUUUCUGGAGAUCCCGACCCUUGAGACCACCAUGUUCAGGGCUGGGAUGACCGAAGUGGCCGAGAUGGUUGAGAUGAACAAUCCCUACGGCUUCCGGGUGUACAAAACGACUCUCACAGUCCACAACGACCCUAACCUCCUGUCGAAAAUCACAGACCUCUUCACUGCAAACGUUGUUCACAACCGCACGCUAGACACAGAACAGCAUGGCUCUGAUGCGCGCGAUCCCCUCUUUCGGGCCGGAAUGCUGCUUCAGCCACUUACACUACCGCACCUACAUUACUCCAGGCGUCAAGGAGCGAGGAAUCUGAUGGGGCUAGACGACGAAGCCGAGCCAUUGAUGCUCCUCUCCUUCGAAUCCCACCACCUCCACCCCACCCACGACGCAAACUCCGUCGCCACAAUAACUCGCAUCCUAGCCGAGGCCGAAACCCUCGCGCGCCGCCACGGCCGCUCCUCCUCCUCCUCCACCACCACCACCACCACCUCCUCCUCCACGUCUGCGCUGCUCAGAACGGACCGGACCGGGAACGGGGACAGGGACGACGGCGCACUGCAUCCGUUCCGGUACAUCAACUACGCAAACACCGGGCAGGACGUCUGGGCCCUUCUGGAGAAGAAGAACAAGGGUAGGAUGAUGGAGGAGGCGAGGAAAGUGAGGGACGCGUACGAUCCGAAAGGCGUAAUGGCGACGCGGGUCAAAGGCGGGUUCAAACUCAGGGAAGAAUAA